AUGGAGACCCCCCUUACAAACCCGUACCCCGACCAGAUGAACACCCACGCCCAACAGGAGGAGUCGAUCUUGGCUGGAGAUGGCACACGACCUGUGUCUCCAUUGGAAAACAAUCCGCGCCCCGAGAGUGCCAACGAGAAGACAUGCACCCGCAUCUGCAACUCCUGGGAAGGCUUCUUACUUAGGCCCUGGAAAAUGUUUUUAAUCCUUCUCAUCGGCGUUAUCUUUGCCGUUGGUCACCAUUUAUUCUACCUUCAUCUCGACGGCAAGGAAGGCGAUGCGCAGUCCCUCAUGUUCCGAUACGGCACUAUUAUUGCCUUCUGCGCCAAAACCAGCUUCGGAACCGCCGUGACCAUGGCAUUUCAGCAAAGAGCUUGGCUCGUUGUGCGCCGGAGGACUGCUCGACUUGACACAGUCGAUUCCAUCUUUACAGCCAACACCGAGUUUAUGUCGCUGGUUGACUGGCGGGCGAUAAAAAGGGCCAAGAUAUCGACUUGCCUCGCUCUUUAUUGCUGGCUCACACCACUGGUCGUGAUCUUGACUUCAGAAACUCUUUCUACCGUCGUGUGGUUGGAGUCUGCGUCCUGUCCAUCUGUACGCACUCUGAACUUCGACAACGAAGCAAUCGCCGAUUGGCGUCUCCCCGUCAAGAUCAACGACCACAUGGGGAUAUCGGUAUCACUCUGGAACUCCACAGAGCCAGGAAAGGAUCAAUUGGAUAUCACAAAGGGCGAGACUGACUACUGGAACCGACCCUCCAUGCAGUACGCGAGGCAGCUUCUUCCUCCGGUUUUAUGCCAAGGCCAACCUACAACCCGAAAGAAGGCGGGUGUGGCGAUAUGUUCCGAUAACUGGGACUGCUCCUACGUCAUCAGUUUCGUUGGCCCAGGUUAUAAGUGCCAGCAGCUCGCGUCUGGGGUGGGCUCCAAGGUGAAGAAACUUGGAGAAUCUGAAGCGCCGUUCGACACCAGCGACAUCGUGCCAGAGGGCAACUUUACCUACCUCGCUCAGACAAAAAUGGGUGAAUACGGUGAACAGCAGCUGGCGACAAGCGGCCCAGGCGGAAGACCUAGCUUCAGUCAACCAUAUCCAAAGAACUUGGGGGCUUUUCGAACGGAACCUAUAAUCUGGAUUGGAUAUGCUACCGUCAACGAUACCUCACUCCCGCAACCCAUGUCAAGGGAAGACCCAGACUGGUAUGAUGCCUACACCCCGGUCAUUUUUGGCUGUGAACACUAUGAGAUCAACUACACCGUCAAGUUCGAAUACAUUAGAGGGGAACAAUCUCAAGAAAUCAUCGGUCGCGACUACAUGAAGAAGGUAGUAAACACCACAUAUCUCGCCGGCGAAGGGGACCUGGACAAAAGGCUUAGGGAUCGCACCGUGGCUACGCCAGAGGAGAAUUACGUGUUUCCACGUGAUGUUAGGAGCUACAAACGAACAGCGGCAUUCCAUUCACUCGGUCAUGGUUUGAGGUCCUACCUGGAUGGAAAAAUCAAGAUGCCAUAUGCAAUUGCAGAAACAGACAUUGUGCUGACAUCUCUUAUAACCCACGUCAACCUCCUUCCUGUCGAUAAUCUUCCAAGUGCCAUAGAGAAGUUGUACGAAGACAUCAUAGUGUCGCUAUUGUCCAACCCGGCCUUCCUUGCCGUCUCUUGGGCAUCCAAUGGGAAACCCUCAGGAUACGCUCGCGGCGGCCCCGAUACAAACUAUCCGUGUGUUCGUACACGGCCGAGUACUAUUUUUCGUUAUGAUAUGCUCCAGCUCGUGGCGGUGUAUCUUGUCAGCUUUGUCUUGGCUUUGAUUGGGGUGCUUCUGGGGUUUCAAGCGGCUUGUGAAGAAGGGUUGAUGCGCGAUAUGAAGCCAUCGUCCAUCAUUGAAGCCACCCGAGCUCCGAGUCUCAACGAACUGGGACCUGGAGGCGAGUUGGACAAGAACAAUGUCAGGGUCGGAUACGGAUUGGUACAGCAGCAUGCUGGUGGAAGUCUGAGGAGCUUUGGAUUGGAGGGGGACGGACAUCUACUAUGGAAUCAGGACAUGGAACUACGAGGCGCUUAA